UCGGCGCACGGCCCUGUUAGAGAGCAGCCAGUGGAGAGACGGACAGGCCGAGCGUGUUACCUGUGCGGCCGCUUCAGCUCCAGGUCAGCAGACAGUCUGGAGCUCGAGCUUUGGUCAUCAGACCCGCUUUGAUGUGCUUUAAUGAGAGAUCUGCGUAGAUGCGCGCGGACAGCAGAGCUCAGGUCGGCAUGGAGGAGAGCGGAGUCCAGUCGGCGGCUGCGGACCCGGCCAGGCGGCAGGCGGUGAAGAGGCACCACCACAAACACAACCUCAGACACAGAUACGAGUUCCUGGAGACUCUGGGCAAAGGCACGUACGGGAAGGUCAAGAAGGCGGUGGAGAGGUCCGGCAGGAUGGUGGCCAUCAAGUCCAUCAGGAAAGAGAACAUUAAAGAUGAGCAGGACCUCACACACAUCCGGAGAGAGAUCGAGAUCAUGUCCUCCCUCAAUCACCCCUACAUCAUCACCAUAUACGAAGUGUUUGAGAACAAGGAUAAGAUCGUGAUCGUGAUGGAAUACGCCAGCAAGGGCGACCUGUUCGACUACAUCAGCGAGAGGCACGUUUCAGAGAAAGAAGCCAGACAUUUCUUCAGACAGAUCGUUUCUGCUGUUCACUACUGCCAUCGGAAUGGGAUUGUGCACCGGGACCUAAAGCUGGAGAACAUCCUGUUGGACGAGAACGGAGACGUAAAGAUUGCUGAUUUUGGCCUGUCUAACCUGUACGGACGUGAUGAGUAUCUGCAGACGUACUGCGGCAGCCCGCUUUACGCCUCUCCUGAAAUCGUUAACGGCCGGCCGUAUAAAGGGCCUGAGGUGGACAGCUGGUCUCUGGGGGUUCUGCUCUACACUCUGGUGCACGGCGCUAUGCCUUUCGAUGGACGUGACUACAAGAGCCUGGUCCGACAAAUCAGCACUGGAGACUACCACAGACCCUCCAAACCAUCAGAUGCCUGUGGUUUGAUUCGCUGGAUGCUGAUGGUGAAUCCCGAACGCAGGGCGACUCUGGACGAAAUCGCUGGCCACUGGUGGCUGAACUGGGGCUACCAGCGUCCUCUGCUGGCCGAAAGCGAGACAUCAGCACCGGCUGGAGCACCACAAAACACAGGAGCGCCCUCAGUGGCCCAAACGGGUGGCUCGACCCGCAUCGCAGACUGGUUGAGAAGGACCACACGACCCCUCCUGCAAAGCAACUCUAAGAUGCGCUGCCUACUGCGCCCUGGGGGGGGUGCUACAGGGGAUGCGACGGUGACGAGACAGCGCUCGAUCCGCAGGUCACGCAAAGAAAACAACGUCUCCCAGAGCAUGCAGGAGAAUAACGGCUCCCGGCCCUUCAAAGGCAUCCUGAAAAAACGUGGCAGCUUGAAACAGAAGCAGGCCAGCGAAGCUCCGGUUCCGCCUUUGGAAGAAAAAACGUCAAACGCUAUUGUGGUCCCUCCUGCUGCUCCACCUCCAGCUCCGCCUCCCCGUAAAGGCAUUCUGAAGAAGCCGGUAGAGAGGGAGUCAGGGUAUUAUUCCUCCUCUCCAGACAGCAGCGAUUCUGCCCAAACACCCCAGCACCCGCUUUCUCCGUCAACACCACCACGGCGGAAAGGCAUCCUUAAACGCCACGGCAAGGUUUCCUCCGGCGGCCUGCAGGAAUUUGGAUCUUUGGACCAACUGGCAGCGUCUCUGCCAGCAGGGGGCAGCAGAUUGAGACCCAGCGGCGCCAUCAGCGAAGACAGCAUUCUGUCCUCAGAGUCAUUCGAUUGCUUAGACCUACCAGACCGCCACGAUCCUGUGGGGAUGGUGGAGCGUCCAGCAGGGGGCGGUGCUACGAUGCGCGGCAGCGUUUCCGCCGACAAUCUACUGGACCUGAAAGAAAUCAGAAUGGCGGGUCCACGUCAGGGAUACUGGGAUAUGGACACGGCUUAUAAGGCCAGGGUGGGUGACAGCACCUUCUCCAUCACGGACUGCGAAAACCUGACGGAGGUCUACAAGCUAGCGCUUAGUGGAGCGUGCGCGAGCUGAGACUGCACUGGGACUGUUAGUAUGAGUCCAUUUCAGGGUGUUUGCAGGGGGGUAAAGUGUCAUGAUGUCUACUUGAAAAAAAAUGAUUGACAGCCUUCUGAGGUGACGCCAAAAAGGAUUAGCGAAGGGAAUAGCAUUUUGAGGCUAGGCUGGUUAACACUAGGAGUGUGACUACUAGGCAUGCCGUGCAGAAGUCGGCAGGCUUUCCAACAGCAUUUCAUGAUGUUUUCUCACAGAUCUUGGUAAACUUGAUGACCGCUGAGACUGCAUCCAGUCUAAAUGUGCACCUUGUUUUAUGAGACUGCUGUAGAAGUUUAAAGAACCAAAGAUACUCGGCCCAGUCAGUUUCGCAUCCGCAAACGCACAGUAAUGGAAACCACUGCAGAGGAAAACAGGAUGCGAAGUCCAGUUCCAGGGAAAGCGGUGUAUUACAAACAGAAAAGUCAAAGGUCUGUAAUACAAAGGGUUCAUCAGUGAUGAGGCAGUUUCUUUACAGAAUGAAAACCAGUAACCUUGUUAAUGUUUAACUUUUACGACAGACGGCUGGCGGGUCUGUAUCUCGACCCAAAUACCAGACGCAUGUUUAUUGCCUUGUGAAUUUUCUUGAUUACCUGAGAAGGAUGGACAGUUGUAAACAGUCUGGAUGGGAACUUUGUGUGAUGUAGUGAAAAACAAACAAAAUUUCUUUCUUUUUUUUCAUUCCCAAAUAUUUUUGGCCCAGUCGUUGGACGUUUGGAUGAGUGUGGUUUAAAACUGAGGAAAGGAAUGAAGGCAGAUAUUUGAGCAGUCAUGUUUUAAAAGCAGUAGAUGUUCUGUCGCCAUAUUUCACGAUUGCUAAAUGAGGGAAUUUCACACACGGAUAAAUUGUUACGGUGGGAAUGUUGUAAUGAAUGUUUUUUUUUUUUGAUUUAUUAUUUCAUCUGCUUGGCUUGGACUGCGAAAUCAGGUCUUGCCAGAUUGUGAUCAGUAUUUCUGACGUUAAUUUUCUUUGUCAUUGUUUUCAUAAUUUAUCAGUGGGAACGAAACACGGUACACAGUUCUGUUCAACAUCAAACCAUGCUUGCCUUUGCCAAAGUGCCUGGCUUAUCUGUAGCGCCUCGCUGUGGCCAUCUUCACUGAAUGCUGAAACUGGCUCAGUGAAUCAAUAAAAACCCUCAAACAAGA